UCCUCCUCCUCCUCCAGCUCUCCCCGCCACCGGGUCCCCCCCUGCCCCGGCCAUGGCCCAGAGGAGUUCCCUCUUCAUCCGGAUCGUGGAAGGGAAGAACUUGCCCGCCAAGGACAUCACCGGGAGCAGCGAUCCCUACUGCAUCGUGAAGAUCGACAAUGAGCCCAUCAUCAGGACGGCUACGGUCUGGAAGACUCUGUCCCCAUUCUGGGGCGAAGAGUACAAAGUCCACCUCCCGCCCACCUUCCACUCGGUGUCCUUCUAUGUCAUGGAUGAAGAUGCCCUCAGCCGGGACGACGUCAUCGGGAAGGUUUGCCUCACGCGGGACGUCCUGGCCAAGCACCCCAAGGGCUUCAGUGGCUGGCUGCCCCUCGCGGAGAUCCACCCGGAGGAGGAGGUGCAGGGCGAGAUCCACCUGCGGCUGGACCUGGCCCCCAGUGAGGGCCCCCCCAAACUGCGCUGCACUGUGUUCGAGGCCAGGGACCUGGCCCCGAAGGACCGAAACGGAGCCUCAGACCCCUUUGUCCGAGUGCGCUACCACAGCAAGAUCCAGGAGAGCGCGGUGGUGAAGAAGUCCUGCUACCCGCGCUGGAACGAAACUUUCGAGUUCCCGCUGGACGAGUGUGCGCCGGAGACGUUGUGUGUGGAAGUCUGGGAUUGGGAUCUGGUCAGCCGCAACGACUUCCUGGGAAAGGUGGUGUUCAGCAUCCGCGGCCUACAAGAGGCUCAGCGCAAGGAAGGCUGGUUUCGGCUCAGGCCGGACAAGUCCAAGGCCCGGGUGGAUGAGGGGAACCUGGGCUCGUUACAGCUGCAGGUGCAGCUGCGGGACGAGGUGGUGCUGCCCUCUGCCGUCUACCAGCCGCUGGUGCAGCUGCUCUGCAAGGAGGUGAAACGUGGCUCCAAGGAGGAGGCAGGGCAGAUCAUCACCCUGAUUGAGGAGACCACCACGGCCCAGUGCCGCCAGGAAGUGGCCACCAACCUGGUGAGGCUGUUCCUGGGCCAGGGCCUGGCCAAGGACUUCCUGGACCUGCUCUUCCAGCUGGAAUUGCACAGGGCUGGAGAAGCCAACACCCUUUUCCGGAGCAAUUCAAUGGCCUCCAAAUCCAUGGAGUCGUUCCUGAAGGUGACGGGGAUGCAGUACCUGCAUAGCGUCCUGGGUCCCACCAUCGCCCGCAUCUUCGAGGAGCGAAAGUACGUGGAACUGGACCCCAGCAAGGUGGAGAUCAAGGAUGUGGGGUGCUCCGGGCUGCACCGGAUUCAGCCGGAGAGCGAAGUCCUGGAGCAGAGCGUCCUGCACCUCCAGUCCUACCUGGCCGGACUCCUGGCAGCCAUCGGCCGCUCCGUCGGGGCCUGCCCGCCGGUCAUCCGUGCCACCUUCCGCCGCCUCUUCCAGCGGGUCCGGGAGCGCUUCCCGGAAGCGGAGCAUCGGCGCGUGAAGUUCGUCGCCGUCACCAGCUUCCUGUGCCUCCGCUUCUUCUCUCCGGCCAUCAUGGCCCCCAAACUCUUCCACCUGCGGGACCGCCACGCCGACGCCCGCCUCAGUCGCACCCUGCUGCUCCUGGCCAAGGCCAUCCAGAGCGUGGCCAACAUGGAUGCCCAGGCCUCGCGGGCCAAGGAAGCCUGGAUGGGGCCGCUGCAGCCCACCGUGCAGCGAGGGGUGGCCCAGAUGCGAGACUUCAUCGCCCAACUGGUGGACAUCCAGGAGGAGGAGGAGCUGGACCUGGGCCCGCAGGGGGUCCCGCCGCCGGUGAAAGAGGGACCCCUCUUCAUCCACCGGACCAAAGGCAAGGGACCCCUCAUGACCUCCUCCUUCAAGAAACUCCACUUGUCCCUGACGAGCGAGGCCCUCAGUUUCUCCAAGACGCCCAGUUCCAAGACGAGCUCCUUCAUCCCCCUGGCCAGAAUCCGGGCGGCCGAGAAGGUGGAGGAGAAGAGCUUCGGCAGCUCCCACGUCAUGCAGAUCAUCUACACGGACGAGGCCGGCCAGAGCGAGACGGCCUACCUGCAAUGCAAGUGUGUGAACGAGCUGAACCAGUGGCUGUCGGCUCUGCGGAAAGUGUGCAUCGACAACCCGGCCCUGCUGGGCUCCUACCACCCGGGCAUCUUCCGGGGCGACCGCUGGAGCUGCUGCCAUACGAAGGACAAGGCCGGCCCCGGCUGUGACAAGACCCGCUCGCGGGUGACCCUGCAGGAAUGGAACGACCCGCUGGACGCCGACUUGGAGGCGCAGCUCAUCUUCAGGCACCUGCUCGGGGUGCGGGACGCCAUGAGGGAAAAAUAUCUGGAACUGAUGGCACCCCGCCAGGACGGAGAAGCCCCCCAGGGCCCGAGCCAAGCCCCCGCUGACAGCCCCACCGAGCUUUUCCAGAUCCUGGAGGCUCUGGAGGACGCUCACCGCUCCGGCCUGCAGGCUGACCACGACCGCAAUUACCUCCUGGAGCUGCAGACGUGAAGCCCUCGCUGGGAGAGUCCCCCCGGCCUCCCUCGCUCCUCCUGCUGUCAUCCGGGGGCCGGGGGAGGUCACACAUUUCAUG